CAGCGUCGAUGAUCAUUGUAUUGCCUGUAGGUCUUAUAUACUGUGCUCUGUUCUGCUGUCCUGUUGUCGCCCGCCAUGUGCUUCGCAUGCGGCUUCUCCCCGUCGUUUUCCACGCGCGACCAUGGCCCAUACUCACGCUGCAGACCAGAAGAAAGACAACGUCGUGGAUGUCAUUGAGUCUCGGAGCGACGGUGGCGAGAAGGGCUCCAGCAUCCCUUCCAUCGACCUCAAGUUGGAUUCAAAAGGCCUGCCACUGGUGCCCCAGCCCAGCGCUUUCAAGGAUGAUCCGCUGAAUUGGCCUUCGUGGCUCAAAUGGACUGUAUUGAUCCAGGUGGGCUACAUGGCCUUCCUAGGGCCGUACAAUGCCGGCCUCAUCAACCCCAGUCUCGUCCUCCUGAGUAAGGCGAUGCACCGAGACUCGAAGACGGCCGCGUACAGCACGACGACGGCGAUUAUCCUUGGUGGGGUAUCACCCUUCAUCUUCACCCCGCUGAUGCACCACUAUGGACGACGACCCAUCACCCUCCUCGCUAUCCUGAUGACGAUCUUGGGAGGGAUAGGCUCAGCAUCCUCGAAAGACUUCAGUGCCCUGCUGGGGACGCGUGCUCUCUGCGGAGCCGGCUUCGGGGGGAUGAUGUCUGUCGGCACGGCCUCUGUCAACGACAUGUUCUUUCUCCAUGAACGAGGAGAGAAGACUGGAGUUUAUGCCAUCUUCGUCACGAAUGGCGCUCAUGUGGCCGCUCUGAUUGGCGGCUUUCUCGGGCACGCCGCUGGCUGGCAGUGGGACUACUGGCUCGGGGCCAUCUCGACCAGCCUCUCCUUCGUGGUCGCCCUCUUCCUCUUCCCUGAAACCCUCUUCAGCCGCUCUCCCGCCUUCCUCAACUCCAAGACGCACGAGCGCUCGUAUUUCCAGAUGCUCUGGGAUUUCCGAGGGAACAUGAUCCCCGGUCACCGCCUGCGAGCGUCCGACUUCCUGGACUCUUUCCUCAUGCUCAAGUACCCUAGCGUAGCCUUCUCCUUCUGGUACUACACGUGGGCGUGGACGUUCAUCAACGUGCUGCCCGCCAUCUCCAUCGCCACCAUCUACACGAAAGCCUACGGGCUGUCCUCCGGCCCUAUUGGAGCGUGCCUCGGUGUCUCCUUGAUCAUUGGGAGUGUCCUCGGGGAAUUCUUCGCCGGGCGCGCUUCAGACUACGUCGUCUACAUGUUCGCAACCCGCAACAACGGCGUGCGCAAACCCGAAUACCGGCUUUAUCUCUGCCCCCUCUCCGCCAUUUUCAUGCCCGCGGGGCUCAUCAUAUUUGGGUGCACCGUUGGUCGUACCUCCUCCUACGUGCCCCCACUGGUCGGGCUCGCAGUCGGGGUUUUCGGGCUCCAGAUUGCGUCGACGACGCUGUACGCGUAUGUGAGUGACUGCUACAAACCGCAGACGGCGGAAUCGGGCGUGCUCUUCAAUUUGAGCCGCGGCUUGAGUUUCGUGGUCGGGUUCUUUGCCUUGCCGCUUGCGAACCGCGUGGGCUAUGACGGCGCCUGGGGAAUAUUUGCUGGGAUUGUGUUUGCCUUCUUCUUACCGGUUGCUAGCUUGUUGGUCUGGGGGGAACGAUGGAGGAAGUCAUUGGGGGAGCCACGGUUCAAUAGGGAUAGGUAA